AUGCCCGCUUCUCCAAAUAUGAAAUCGCCAUGGAGCGAGUAUACCAAUUCUGAAGGAAGGAAGUAUUGGUCUCAUGCAACCACCAAACAAAGUGUUUGGGAAAAGCCUGAUGAGCUGAAGACCCCUUUCGAGAAAGCACUCGCUAAAACACAGUGGAAGCAAUAUACCUCGAAAGAUAGACCUUACUAUGUCAAUACAGCUACUAAAGAGACAAAGUGGGAUCUACCACCUGACCUGAAAGAGCUGAAGGAGAAAAUCGAUCAACAAGAAGAGAGAAGAAGAGCAAAGGGAUCAGAAACUCCUGACAGAUCGAGAUCACCCACUCCAGAAGAUAUCAGAGAAUUAAGGGAAGCAGCAGCGCUUGCUAUUGCACCAUAUGGAUCUAUACCUCCAACAGAUUCCCCCGCAGGUAGACGAGGCUCCGAAACUCCUGCUGCACAAGCACAGACUCCAGUCGUCCCUCAACGAGAAACGAUCAUUAUGCCUCCCGGAGGAUUCGCCGAUCGAGCCAGAGCGGAAGAAGCGUUUAUCCAUCUGCUCAAAAGAGAAGGUGUCAAUGAACAAUGGACUUGGGAUCAAACUAUGAGAAAAAUAAUCAUGGAUCCAUUAUAUAAAGCUUUGGAUACUCUUGCCGAAAAGAAAAGUGCUUUCGAAAAGCAUAUUAACAGCAUAAUGGAAUCUAGAAGACAAGCAAAACAACUUCGAAUAUCUAAAUUAAGACCUAUAUUUCAUAAAUUAUUCGCCUCAUCUUCCGAAAUCACCAGUUAUUCGACUAUGAAAACUGCCGAUCAAGUCUUUCAAGGUAAUAGAUAUUGGCGUGAAGCCUUGUACGAUGAACGAGCCUUGAUUUUGGAGGAGUAUGUCGAUGACUUGAGGAGAGUCGAAGAGGCUGCAGAAAAACAACUCAGAGAUCGAAAUGUGAAGAAUUUGACUGAUCUUAUACGGACUUUGGAUAUCUCAGUAUCAACAAGAUGGAGAGCGGCCCAUGACCUAAUCGUUUCUUCAGCAACUUUCAAAUCAGAUGUAGAUUUACAAAAGAUCGAAACGAUAGAUAUGAUUCAAGUAUAUGAUAAUUACGCUAGACAAUUAGAGAUUGAACACGAAGAAGAAUCACGUAAAUUAAGAAUUGAUAAUACACGCAAAGCGAGAAAAGCAAGAGAAAAUUUCAAAUCACUUUUGAACGAAUUACAUUCCAAAGGAGAAUUAAAUAGAAAAUCUCAAUGGAAACUGACUUAUCCCAAGAUCAAAUCAGAUCAAAGAUAUUUAGAUUUAUUGGGUUUACAAGGGUCAAGUCCGUUAGAUCUCUGGAUGGAUAUGAUUGAUGAUCUAGGUGAAGAAGUUGAAAGAGCUUCUGAAAAGAUAACCAGAGCUUUAUCAAAGGAAGAUAAAGAAAUCACAAUCGAAACUGCUUGGCAAGAAUUAGAAGAUUGGUGUAAAGAGAUUAAGAUUGAUACUCAGAUCGAAGAAAGAUUGAGGAGAGAAGUAUAUGAUUUGAUCCAUGGCAAACUCAAACAAGCUGCCGAGGAUGAAAUUCGACGAAAUGAAAGAAGAAGAAGACAUAGAAUAGAUGACCUUCGAUAUGCACUCAAAAAAGUGGGAAGACAUAUCGAUUUAGAAAUGACCUAUGAGGAGGCAUUGCCUCACAUGAACGAGCUACCUGAAUUCAAGGAAGUUUCAGAUGAAGAUGAUAGGAAGGCGGCGUUUGACAAAUAUGUUAAAAGGCAAAAAGAGAAACUUCGCGAAGCCGAAUCUUCCGAUAUUGGUUCUACCCGUGAUAGGGAAGAUAAACAUGAUCGUGAGCGUGAACGCGAACGCGAAAGAGAAAGAGAAUCUGGACACAGAGAACGAGAUAGGGAUAGAGAUCAUCGUGAUCGAGAUAGGGAUAGAAAGGACAGAAGAUCUUCCAUCAAAGAAAAAGAGAAAGAGAAAGAUGCGAUGGAUAUUGAUGAAGUAGUGAAAGAGAAAGAACCUAGAUCAUCCAGGAAAGACAGAGAAAGGGAUGACGAGAAGAAAGACAGAGACAAAGACAGAGACAGAGACAGAGACGGUGAGAGGAAGGAUAAAGAUAGGGACAGUGAGAGGAAAGAUAGAGAACCUAGAGACAAAGAAGGUGAUAGGAAAGAUAGGGACAGAGAUAGAGAUAGGAGAGAUAGAGAUAAGGAGAGGAAGAGAGGAUCAGUUGGCCCUGACGAUAAAGAAAGAGAAUCAAAGAGGAGAAGAAUGUCUUCCACUUCAAGAAAAGAUAAAGAUGAGUUUGAAGAGGGGGAGAUUUGA